AAAUUGAUUUUUCUUUACAAGACAAACAUAUUCUGUGCUUUUUGUGUACUCAGCAAAUUGUAUGGAGCGGUUUUAGUCAUUUCCAAUGUGGGCUGAGUUUGUUUAGCACCACUUGUGUGUAGGAUUUGAUUUUUAUUUAAAUGGAUGUCUUUUAUUUUGAAGAAAACAUAAUAUAACAUACCCUAAACAGCAUUUCCAGGACAUCAAAUCUGUGAUAUGUAAAUUGUAAACAAAAUAAUAUAAUUGUAUGUAAAUGUGAUAAAACUCUGACAUUUUAAUCUACAUAAUAAUUGUCAUGGCAACUGUGUCCCAGUUUCAACAAACUCUGACCAUAUAUACAGUGUCAGUCCUACUGAUCAUGACCUUUGCCCGCGAGGCAGCAGCCAAUCGAAAUAUGGGUAGGAACCAGGAAGAUUCCAUUGCAAGGUCAAGGUCAUUUAGAAGGUCACAGAACACGUUCAGCAGGUACUACAACCCUGGGUCACCCAAGACCCAGCAACGCAGCAAGAGACCCAAUAUCAUUCUUGUUUUGACGGACGACCAAGAUGAGUUGCUGGGCUCGAUGUCCACGAUGACCAAGACACUAAAGAUUAUGGGUCAGGAAGGCAUCCAGUUCAACAACUCCUUCGUCUCCACCCCCAUGUGUUGUCCGUCUAGGAGCACCCUGCUCACAGGUCUCUAUCCCCACAACCACCAUGUGUACACGAACAAUGAUAACUGCUCGGGGACUGAAUGGCAGAAAAUCCAUGAACCGAGGACGUUUGCAAAGUACUUGAGCGAUGCAGGGUAUCGUACAGGUUUCUUCGGCAAGUACCUCAAUGAAUACAAUGGUACCUACAUACCCCCAGGCUGGAGAGAGUGGGUGGGGCUAGUGAAGAAUUCCCGUUUUUAUAACUACACGCUGAACUUCAACGGACAGAAGGUGAAGCAUGAUGACAACUACUACCGUGACUAUUUCACGGACCUCAUCGCCAACGACAGCGUGACCUUUUUGAAACAGAGCAAGCAGUACUUUUCAGACAAACCAGUGAUGAUGAUGCUGAGUGUUCCUGCACCGCAUGGUCCUGAAGAUUCUGCCCCACAGUACCAACAUAUGUUUGAAAACAACACCCAACAUAGGACUCCCAGCUGGAACUACAUGAACAACUCUGACAAGCAGUGGCUGUUGAAGGAGAUCAAACUGAUGCAGCCCAUGGAAAUGGCGUUCACCGACCUGCUACAGCGUAAACGUCUACAGACAUUGCAGUCUGUUGACAGCCUUAUGGAGAAGAUAUACUACCAGCUACGUUUGCUGAAUGAGCUGGACAAUACGUACAUCAUCUACACCUCAGACCACGGGUACCAUCUUGGUCAGUUUGGAAUCCUUAAGGGGAAGGCACUCCCAUAUGACUUUGAUAUCAGAGUGCCCCUUUUUAUUAGGGGUCCAGGAGUACUGAGAGACACUAAGAUUCCCAAUAUUGUUGGCAACGUGGACAUCGCUCCCACCAUACUGGACAUGGCUGGCCUAGCAAUCCCAGACCACAUGGACGGGAGAUCAAUGCUGACACUGAUCAAGCACCACAAACAAGAGAAUAAUGUUCGAGGUGACCUAGUCUUCCCUCGGCGACCCUGGAGAAAUUCCCUGCUAAUAGAGAGAGGGAAAGUUACCAUGAAGAUAAUUCGAGACUUGAAUCGUGAGAAAGAUGACCAAUUGUUGAAAGAACAGGGGGGACAACUUGUAUCGUACGUUGACACAAAUCUUAGAAAGACUCUGAAAAUUUGUGCCGAUCCUAGCAAUCAGGAACCUUGUAAACUUGGACAGAGAUGGGUGUGUCUGAAAGACCACAAAGGACGAAAAAGAGCACAAAAGUGCAGGAAUUAUAACAGAACCACUACAGAAAAUGAAUAUCUACCUGAUAGUCUGCCAUAUGGAAGAUAUGUUCCACGAGCACAAGAAUUGUACACAAGAAAUAAGAGGAGUCCAAUGUGUGAUUGUAGCCAAAGAAAUAAAGUUAAAGGUCAGUCAAGAAAAGGUCGUAGAAACAGGCGAUCCAAUGCUGAGGAGCAACUGAUGCUUAGGAAAGGAAUGAUUGAGUACCAGCUGCAGGCCAAUCGUCAGCGGUGUCGCUACCUGCCCAACAACACAUUCACCUGUGAUCGGGAGCUCAUUACAGACCCACAGGAAUGGGAGAAAAACAAACAACAGCUUGAUGAGAUGAUAGAGGAGACUCGGCGUAGGCUGCGCAACCUCAAGAAAAUGCGCAUUCAGUUACGCAAGCAGAAGAAAAUAGAAAAGGAUCAAGGAUUCAUCUUUGACAUCAAUGACUCAGAGGAGUUUGAAGAUGACGACAUUGAGCCGACAAAUGUGGUCGACAACAUUGGGGGAGAAAUAGUGGAAGAGGCUGUGGAUGAUUGCAACUGUGAUGAAGAGGAUGAAGAAGAGGAGGAUAAUGUUGAUUAUUUUGAAGAGGAUACUUUUACAAUUCCAACUGAACUUAGCAAUUACAAACCAAACCAUACAAACUAUGAUGAGAAAGACUCGGAGGAGAUUGACCCAUACAAGCACAUCAAAGGCCGGAAGCGGUUUGACUGUGACCAAGGGGAUCUCAAAUGUUCCAUACAUGACAAAAACCACUGGAAGACUCCGCCCUAUUGGACAUUGCCUCCCCUUUGCAUCUGCUCGAAUGCCGUCUACAACACAUAUUGGUGUCUGCGCACCAUAAACCGCACUCAUGACUUCCUGUACUGCGAAUACAUUGACAGUUUCCUGGAAUUUUACAACUUUAAAACGGAUCCCUAUCAGUUGCACAAUGUCAUAAAGACGCUUGACUAUGGAAUAAUGCAUCAGCUUCACGAAGAGCUUGAUGAUCUCCGUAGAUGUGUAGGCUGGAAACAGUGCAAUAAGGGCCAAGAGGACAAUGAUAUAUCCCAGAAAAGAAGACGUCGAAGGAAGGUUCGAAAGUCAAAACUGUCUACAAAAAAUCGUUUAGAGGAAUAUAGUUAAUGACAGACUGUUCUUUAUAGUGAACUUUUAUUGGAAUUGCGUAUAAUUCCUUCCAUUAAAGCCAGUAUCACUGUUUUAUUUACAAGACAUCUUAAGAAUUUAAAAAAAAUUGACAAAAUGUAAAGUUGUAUUUAUUGUUUUUAUAUUGUUCAUGUAAUGUAAACUUAAUCUGAAAUCAAGUACAUGUAUGUCCUUACCAUUAGGAAUGACAGUUUUGUUACUUACAUCAUUUAAAAAUGUUAUUUAGUUCUGCAAAUUCUUUCAUACAAACACUGAAUAUAAUGUUUAAUAGUCUUAAGAUGUGUUGUAACUUAAGAUGUAUUGUGCAUACGAACCCAGAUGGGGCCCUCUGCAGAAUGGGCAAAGAUUUGUGAUAGCAAAUACAUUCAUGGAGGAGCAGUGUUUUUGUGUGUUUUAACAUGUGAAACAUGUGCACACAAGUUAAAAAGAACUAGGAAACCUAGGGCCAGUUUUUGUUUUGAACUAACACUUCAACUAUUUCCCACUUUCAAAUGUGGACACUAUGGCAUUACAACUUUCUUAAGUCAUCAUGAUCAUCAUCAGCAUCUUUGGUUGAGGUUUGCUUAGCCAUAGAAUGAAGAUUAACAUUCACAAUGUGGUCAUGUGAAAAUUAUGGCGUCAUCAUUAUCAUUGUCUGCAACAUCAGCAGGAAGUUGGAUAGCUUUUUCCUCAUUAUCAUCAUCAGCAUCAUUAGCAGCCAUUGAAAAAAAAAAGAUGUAUUUAUGUAUAUAUUGGCAUGUAAUUUACAAGUGAUUUUUUGAAAUGCUAUUCUGUGCACUUUAUAUUAUAAUAUAAUUAAUAAGAUAAUGAUUAAAAUAUUUAAUAGAUAUAACAUUUUACAUAUAAGCUUUGGUUUUAUUGAUUUACUUUGCAUGUUAUGAUACAAUCAAUAUUUACUAUUUCUUUUAACAUUCCUGUAUUUUUUUUCAACUUAUAUUUAACUUUUUUUUAACCCACAAACUCCAAGCCUGUAUGUAUCUUGUAAUAGAAGGCCAAUUUUGAAAUGCCAUUCUCUCUACCUUUGCACGUGGCGUUAUGGUUACUUCUUAAAAUGCAUAGAUAAAUGUCAUAAGACCACUGAUAUCAUUUGGCCUAAAAUUGACUCAAAAUAGACUCAGACACAUUUUCCUAGUUCAAGUAUUUGACUCAUUAAAUUAUUUAGUCAUUUUCCCCUUAGAGUAUUAAAAAAUUAAACUGUAUUUUGUAUGUUUAAACUUGAAGAAGUUUAUGUUUGGUGUGAGAAGGUUAAUCCAGCGAGGUGUAAAUAUUGGAGGUCUGAAAACAUUUACUGAUUUUAGGACCUCCUGUCUGUUACAAUAAAGUUAAUUAAGUCAAUAUUAUAGAGAAACAGUUUGGAUUAGUGAAGCUUACAUGCACAUUCUUGUAAUGUUUUGAUUAUUUGUUCAUGAUAAAACUCGUGUCAUAACACAUAUUACAGAUGAGCAAUAUAGGGCAUUCCUAGCACUGUGUUUCUAUCUACUUUCAUUAUUGCUUUUUUGAUCAUUAAAAAUAUAGUAAAUAUGAUAUGUUUCAUGUAUGUUCUAUAAACAUUACCGGUAUUUUAUAUUGCUCUUCAUUUGAUGCUAUUUGUAAAAUAGUUUAAAAUAUAUAUGUCUUGUUUGUUAGAAUGGUAGAAUGUGUGAUCAUCUGAAUGUAAAUGAAAAACAUAAAUAGUACUUUGAUAAAGCAAUACAUCAAUUA